UUCGAGAACCUGCGACCAUUUGAGUCCGACCAGCAAGUCAAUUGGAUUGUCUCAAGCAAAGCAAAGCAAAAGCAAAGCAAAGCACAGCUCAAGCCCUGUCGCGGCUCUUCCCACCGCGUACCAACUUCCGGUCAAUCUUAGCAUCCAUACCCUUUUCGAACCUUCACCUCCUCAACAAAGAAGCGAAGCAAACAAAGGACGCCCUCCGGCAGGAGUCCUCCAACCUGCUAGCAACCUCAAAUCUCAACCCAUCACCUCCCCGAAGCCGGCUGAACUCUCUCUCUCUCUCACACUCACACACAAAAGAAUGUCCUACUACGUCGCCCCAAGCCAGCAGCGCACUCUCCGCGCCUGCAUGGUAUGCUCACUCGUCCAACUGCACAGCAAAUUUAUGCGCGAAGGCUGUCCCAACUGCGACAACGUCCUCGGCCUCCGCGGCAACAACGACGCCAUCCAAGAAUGCACAUCGCAGGUCUUUGAGGGGCUGCUCACGCUCCGGGAUCCCACAACCAGCUGGGUGGCGCGGUGGCAGCGACUGGACAGCUAUGUCCCCGGUACAUACGCCGUGAAGGUGACUGGAUCGCUUCCCGAUGAGAUUAUUUCCAGCUUGGAGGACUCGGGUGUCAAGUAUAUUCCGAGAGAUGGUAGCACGGGUGAAGAGGAAGCAUAGAAAGGGGUUCGUCGGUUUUCUGUUUCUUGCUGAUUAACAAGAGCGCGCGUGGCAUGGACGUUUUAGGUAGAUGAGGGUUGGGAGACGGGUUUCUUUUCCCCUGCGCGUUUGCACAAUAUUGGAGUUUUUGGAAUAGGUCUCUUGUUUUUGCGCUUUAUCUUACUGUAUACGAAUCCGGGAACUCAUGGCUGGUUCAUCCUUUCGAUGUCCUACUACGCUGGGGUUGCUUUUCUACGGCUUACUUUUCAAAGAUGACCUUGGGAGGGUGAGAAGGUCAACGCUCAAACCACAC